UAUGUAUGUAUGUUGUUGCUUGUGACAUUAAUGCAGGGGAACUAAAGCAGUUUGACCUUGCAUUAAGCACUAGCUAGAAGCUAUGGAGAUCAACGUGAAGAUCAUCAAGAAAGAUAUCAUAAAACCAUCCUCUCCAACACCAAAUCACCUCAGAAUUUUCAAGCUCUCCCUCCUAGACCAGUUAUCUCCUGCAGCUUAUGGAUCUAUGCUUCUGGUUUACUCCAUAAAUAAACCUUCCACUGCUAUUGAUAAAUCUCAGCUUCUGAAGAGAUCAUUAUCCGAGACCCUGACUCGAUUCUACCCUUUAGCGGGUAAAAUCAAAGACAAUUCCGCCGUUGAAUGCAACGAUGAUGGAGCUGUUUAUCUUGAAGCACAAGUUGAUUGCCUUCUCUCCAAGCUCCUUGAAAAACCUGACGAUCAUCAGGUUAUAAGAAAUCUGAUUCCCGCAGAGCACAUCCAAUCCUUAUCAGAAACACAAGCUGGUUGUUUGUUACUUGUUCAAGCCACUUUUUUUGCCUGUGGUGGGUUGGCGAUUGGUGUUUGCAUUUCACACAAAUUAGCAGAUGCAAGAACAGUAUGCACCUUCAUCCAAGGCUGGGCAGCCGCAGCUCUCGGGACCGACCAUGAAGCUGUCCGGCCAAAAUUCAACGUAUCAUCGAUCUUUCCACCGCAGAAUUUGCCUUCAGAGUUAGCUGUCAAAUUGAACGAAGAGAAGUGUGUCACAAAAAGAUAUGUCUUUCAUGCCUCAGGGAUUGCUACUCUGAAGGAUAAAGCUGCCAGUGAAAGUGUUCGGCACCCAACUCGAGUUGAAGCUGUGACAGCACUAAUUUGGAAGUGUGCCAUGAAAGCUUCAAGAUCAAACUCAAAACAGCCGAAGAUGUCUGUUUUGGCUCAAUCUGUUAAUAUACGGAAAAAGCUGGUGCCUCCUUUGUCUGAAUAUUCCAUAGGAAACCUGAUGGGCCAUUUUGCUUUACGAGCAACAGAGAAUGAGGUAGAAUUGGGAACCUUGGUUACUAAGAUGAGAAAAGGAAUACAGGAGUUCGGUGAGAAUUAUGUAAAGAAACUUCAAGAAGGUAACGCUUUAAAGGCUGUAUUUGAAGCUUUAAAAGAAAUGGGGAGCUUGCUUCAUGGAGGUAGUACAGAAUUCUAUAUAACAAGUAGCUUGUGUAGGUUUCCAUUUUAUGGUAUUGAUUUUGGGUGGGGGAAGCCUGCUUGGGUGGUUCCUCCGAGGGACCCUAUCAAGAACAUUAUUUCACUGAUAGAUGCUAGAGAUGGCAAUGGAAUUGAGGCCUGGGUGACUUUGAAAGAAGAAGAUAUGGCAAUUUUUGAACGAGAUCAAGAACUGCUUGCAGUUGCUUCUUUGAAUCCUAGUGUCCUCCACAUCAUCAUGCCCAUGUCUUGUCUUUAAAUACCUUUCUUUCUUCUUAAUGCAAAAAUAAAGGGAGAAGAACUGGAAAUUGUGACUUUCCCCAAAUUGAAAUAUACUCCUACCCGUCGUUGCUGCAAUUUCUUCUUGUUAGUGAUUGUUCCUUUUUGUUCUUCGUAGUUGCUGUUUGAUCUUGUGAUUGCAUACAAAGGCUUUUUGUGAACUAGUUUCUGUUAUCA